GAUAUGACCGGUACAUUCAUUCUAGGGGGUCUUCUGGAUGUCCCAUACGUGUUCUCUGUCCGCCAUAUCCGAGAUGGAGGAAUGUAUUGUACGCGAGCUGUUGACGCACGGCAAAAUGGGAAGAUAUGUUUCUCGUGCUUGUGUUCGUUCAAACGUGACGAGAACCAACAGACAUUCAACCAUCAACCAUUGCCCGCCCAAGAGCGAUUCAAGUCAAUCCUGGACGGAAAACGCCCAGAGGAUCAUCUUCCUAGUCCAGGUGUGGAUUCAGACUUGUGGAUCCAACAUAUUCAACAAGGGGACAUUGAAGAACGCGAAUUCCCCGGUCUUGAUGCGAGAAAAGUAGACAUGAAGGAUUAUAAUGACUCAGAGGAUGUGAAACGGAAUCCAGAAAAGUAUCGCCAGCUGGCACUUUACUCCCUCAAGGGAUCUCUGGAAGAAAUUUCUACCAUGCCCAAAAGCAAGCAGGAUCUCAAGAACAGAGACCAAUCUGGUGAAUUCGACAAUCUAUACGCCUGCGCACAUAUGUACGCCUGUGACAAGAACUCUCUCUUGCUGAUACCGCGGGCGUUGGGCCACAAGCACUGGUCUGCAAUGGCAAGUCUGACCUUAACCGUGAUCUUUCACCAACACGGUGAUGCCUUGAGAAUGAUCGACUGGGAUGCAGCGUCAAAAGAAAAUGGUGAAGAAUUACCUAAAAAAUGGUUCGUCCAGGAGGGCUGGACGCCUCGGUCAGGAGAGAAUAGAGCCGUUCACGAAAGUUACCUAUUCAGUCCUGAUGGUACAUUGCUAGCGACCUCAUUGCAGGAUAGUAUGCUCCGACUCAGAAAGCUUGGCCGUGGAGGUAAGCUAUAAGCAUGAUGGGGCACAUUUAGUAUAUAGACGACCCGAAUUCUGGCAAAACCGUGGCCGGUGUCGAUUACCAUGAGCUCAAGUAUUAUCCUAAUAAAUAGACCAUUUUCGAUACAGUGAUCAUUACCUGUCAUAUCGCUAGCAUAAUAAUAGCCUGAGCAAAGCUUACAAGUAGUCGACUAGACAUCCAGUCGAAAUGAUUUGUA